CUUUGGAGCAUCACACCAAAACUCUCUCUCCUCAUUUUGUUUUUAGGUUACUUCUAUUUAAAAACUCUAUCUAUUGCCUGAUUUUGUUUCGAGGUUUUAUUAUUGUGGGAAAUGUUUUCUGGAGUGCGUGAUGGGGAAGGCGGAGACGAGUGUGAAACGCGCGUGGAGUCGCUGCUUUCUCCUUCUUUUCCAGUCACUGUCAAGUUUGUAGACAUCACUUACCGCAUUAAGUUACAAUCAACGGAGAGCACAGCGAGCAGCAUUCUCUCCAGCAUAAUCGGCUCGAAACCACCGAGAAAAUCAAUAGAAGAACGCACAGUGCUUAAAGGAAUAACGGGCGUGGUGUCGCCCGGCGAAAUCCUGGCCAUUUUAGGCCCGUCUGGUAGCGGAAAAACCACUUUUUUGAGCUUCCUGGGUGGAAAAUUAGAUGGAAAAUUCGCAGGAACUCUCCUCGCCAAUGGCCAGAAAGUCACCAAAUCCAUUCGAAGGAAAACCGGCUUUGUAACUCAAGACGACCUCCUCUACCCUCACCUCACAGUUCGAGAAACCCUAAUUUACUCGGCUUUAUUGAGGCUUCCUAAAACGGUUUCGAAGAGAGAGAAAGUGGGGUUGGCCGAGUCUGUACUCUCUGAGUUAGGUCUUAACGGUUGCGGUGAUUCAAUUGUUGGAAGUGCUUUUGUGAGGGGGAUAUCAGGAGGAGAGAGAAAGAGAGUCAGUAUAGGGCAAGAAAUGCUAGUUAACCCGAGCCUCCUGCUUCUGGACGAGCCAACAUCGGGGCUGGACUCGACCGCGGCUUAUAAGUUGGUGACGACGCUGAGAGGGUUGGCCAGGAAAGGCAAGGCGGUGGUGGCGACGAUGCACCAGCCAUCGAGCAGGGUGUAUCAGAUUUUCCACAGCGUGCUGUUGCUUAGCGACGGAAAUUGCUUGUACUUUGGCAAGGGGAGCGAGGCCAUGGAUUACUUCUCCUCCAUUGGCUUCUCUCCUGCUUUCGCUAUGAACCCUGCGGAUUUCAUGAUCGACCUCGCAAACGGCGUCACGCCAGAUUUGAAGUUGGUUGCUGGGCAAGUAGAGACACAAGGCGAUGCUCAAAAACCAAAACUAAAGCAAUUCCUGAUCUCUUCCUUCAACAAGUCCUUAGCCCCAAAGGUGAAGGCCAAUGUCCUAGCCACCAUCACCACAGAAGUAGCUCAAAACCCUGGCACCAAAAGGCAUGAUAGCGAGCUCUGCACCACCUGGACUGAUCAGUUCUCCGUUCUACUAAGGCGGAGCCUGAAGGAGCGGCGACACGAGUCCUUUGGUGGACUCCGGAUUCUCCAAGUGGGUGCAACUGCAGUGCUCGCUGGGUCCAUGUGGUGGCAGUCAAGUGCGUGUGACGUGCUUGAUCGAGUGGGACUCCUCUUUUUCAUCUCCAUCUUCUGGGGAGUCUUCCCGGUGUUCAACUCUGUAUUCACAUUCCCUCAAGAACGCCCCAUUUUCAUCAAGGAAAGGGGCGCCGGAAUGUACAAGCUCUCCGCCUACGUUGCGGCAAAGGCAAUUGGGGACCUACCUAUGGAGCUGGUCCUCCCCACUGCAUUCACCAUCGUUGCUUACUGGAUGGCAGGGCUACGUGCUGACGCCUUCUCAUUUCUCCUAACCUUGGGCGUGGUGUUGUACAGUGUGCUCGUGGGACAGGGGCUAGGUUUGGCUCUUGGAGCGGCCAUCAUGGAUGCCAAACGAGCAACUGCCGUGGCCUCGGUGACAAUGAUGGCAUUCUUGCUCGUCGGUGGUUACUACGUGAGGAAGGUGCCGCACUUUGUCAGGUGGCUUAAGUACACCUCCUUCACCUACUAUGCCUUCGGGUUGCUCAUUCACAUUCAGUACAGAGGGGCACAGUCACAGUGGUGCAAUGGGGGCGGUGGAGGCGGUGCAGUGAUGGAGCUGCCAGGGCCAGCUCUGUGUGUGGGUGCAUUGGCGGCUAUGUUGGUCGGUUAUAGGUUAUUGGCCUACAUUGCACUGAGGAGGGUGAAGGUCUGAUGCGGGUUUUGCUUGUCUGCAACUCUUUUAUGCAAUAGGAAACCCGUGGUUCUUAAAAGCCAGGGGCAUUCUUUAGCUGGUUCCUGGUGCCUGGCCUGCAAAGAAGUAGGCGUGGGUCUCGCUGCUCGGCCUACAAAAAGUAGGCCAGGGGUACGCAUGUGAAUCAAUCAACUAUAAUGAAUCCAUGUAUUAAUGGUAGCUAGCAUGCAUUAAGAGUGCAAAAUUUACGAUUAGGAUGUCCAUUGUAUUCAACACAUCGAAGGGGUCUACAUUUUAGUAAUUGUCUAUUAAAUUUAUAUACUAUUUUUCA